CCUCCAUCUUCGCGUUGUUGCGCGUUUUCGAGCUGCAGCAGCCCGCGACCUCUCCGUGCUUGUCGACCCGGCCCUCCCUUGAGUCUGGCUUAGGUUGUCUCCUGCUCGCUUCAAUUACAGGGAGGUCCGACACUGCGUGAAGGCAGCCACGCUCUGCAUUCUCUUGGGUACCCACUGGGCGUGGCGUCGGACGACCGGCAUCCUCUCGGUGCAUCUUCAUUAGGUCUUUCUCGACGAUAAUUUUCCGCACCGCGCAGCGCUCCCGUCUGUUGUCGAACGGAGAAUGCGAGGCAAGCAGGCAACCGCGCUGGCCGCGAGCACUGCGGCGGCGCCCCUGCCCCCUCUCAGCCCCAUCGUCAAGAAGCUGAGGCAGAUGUGGCGUUUUGCUGCCAUCUGCCAGUUUCUUUUCACCUUUGACGAGGCAUUCGGCAUGAGCGGAUUCGAGACAGAGGCACUGGAGAGAGAUCUGGAUGGGUCGGAGACGCAAAUGAUCCCGGACCUCAUGAGACGGCUUCUCUACACCCUCACCUUGAACCGCGAGAUCGAUUCGAGCAACUGGGAGUCAUACCUCCGAGCCCAGUACGAGGCGAGAGAGCCAAAGAACCUGCUUCUCGGCACCGCAGAGUCGCCCUUGCCCUGGGCCGCCCUUCCAUUGACUGCGAAGGUCGACACAAUCUAUACGCUGUGCGAGUGGCAAUUGGUAGACGCCGAGCGAUUCAGAAAGCUUGUGAAGAACGACGAAGAUGCUCAGAUCUGGCGAAUAGACCCCAUCGGCUGGGACGGGCAGGACAACACAUACUGGCUCUUUGAUGACAACCGGUUAUGGAUCCAGCAUCCCCCUCCGCCAGAGCCCGUGAAAGCUCGCCCGCCCAAGAAGAACUCAAAGAAGGCUCGAGCAGAGGCUGCUGCCGCCAAACGGACAGCUCAGAAAGCGGCCGAGGGCCCAUCCACGCCCAAGCCAGCUUCGGCAGCAAAGAGAAAGCGCGACUCGCUCCCCACCUCGUCGCCCAAGCCGAGGCGGGAGCCUCUGCGCAGCUCGACGAGGGGCAAGCCUGUGACCGAAGUUUCGGCUCCCACGCCUUCGCCGCAGAAGCGAACCGGGAGGAGCCUUCGUGGCGAUGCAGACGGGUGGGAGGAAAUCCCGCCAGAGCUUUUGUACGAAGGCCAAAGUGGAAGACGCGAGGCGGCUGAGAAGGGCGCGAGCACGACACAGAACGGGAGAAAGGCCAAUGGGGAUGCCAAGCAGCGCAGCAAGAGGGAGGGAAGCACAGACUCGGAGCUUUCAGAGCCACCGUCCCUUGACGAGAAGAAGGACGGUGAGGACGUCAAGAUGGAGGACGCGGACGCGGACGUGAAGGUAGAUGAAGCUGCUCCAUCCAUCGACACGAACGGGCACCAGAAGGCUGAGGAAGAGUCCCCCAAGAUCGAAGAGGAAGAGCAGUCCAAGGAAGAGGAGGAAAAGCCCGUGAAGGAGGAGGAGAAGCCAGAGUGGAUCGAGUUUGAGGCAAUUGCCGUCACUAGACCCGAGUGGGAAGCCAUUGCGACAAAGUUCGCCAAAUCCAAGCAUCCCGACGAGAAGGCGCUUCAUGCCCUCCUCAGCGACACUGUCAUUCCCAAGGUGAUGAGGGAUAUUGCUGAAGUCGAAAAGCAGAGGGCCCACGAGGCUGCCAUGGCAAGCAGGAAGCGAAGCAGCCGGAUUGCCUUGAAAGAGAGCGAGAAGGAGGAACGGGAACGAGACCGUGCAGCGCGCUUGGCCAUGGAGGAACGCAUGGCAAGCCUUCGGCGCGAAGAGCAGGAUAAGGCGAAUCGCGAGGAGGAGGAGCGGAAAGCCGUCAAGCACCGCGAAGAUAGGCUGCGAGAGCGCGAAGAAAGGAUUCUCGCAAGGGAGCGAGAGGCGGAGGAAAAGGCUCUGCGCGAGAUCCAGGAGCGCGAGGAGCGAGAAAGGAUGAGAGAGAUCAGGAAGCAGCGGAGAGAGGAGAUCAUUGCAAAUGGCGGUGUACCCACUCCUGAACCGGCACCAGGACCUUCAGCCCAAAUAUCAGAGGCCCAAGAUGGCGACAGCUGGGAGCUGGACUGUGAAGUCUGUGGAAAAGCCGGCAUCAACCUCGACGAUACCGACGAGAUUGUCUGCUGCGAGCGGUGUGGUGUGUGGCAGCACACAGAGUGCUGGAACGCCUUUGACAGGAGCGUCCAUCACCCGCGGCGCGACUGGGAAAAGGAGGACUUCUUUUGCAGCAAGUGCCGACCGCCAGCUCCGGGCCAGCCAUGGCCCCAACGGCCGCAGCGCCUGCCGCAGGCUCCCUCUGUUCCAUCUCAACGACCUGCAGUCCCUUCGCAGGCUCAUCCACCAUAUGCUCAGCAACAAUACAUGCCAACGCACAAUGUUCAACAUCCUCAGCAGCAGCAGCAGCAGCAGCAGCAGCAGCAAAGGUACGGCUAUCCACCACAGCAGGCGCAACCUAUGCCGAUGCAGCAACAAGCGUUGCAGCCGAGCCACGUCCGUCCCCAACAGCAACACCUCUACCAACACCCACAACAGAUGCAUGCUCAUCCCCCACCACAGCCUCAGCAGCAGUAUCUGCAACAGCAGUAUCAGCAGUAUCAGCAGAAUCAGCAUUUCCAGCCGCAAGUGCAGCAUCAGCAAAGACCACAGGGACAACAAUCCCCUGUGCCUGCAGCUCAGGGCCAUCAAUCUUACCCUUUCUCCUCUGCGUUCGCCACUUCUCGCCCGCCUCAGGGCCUGUACUCCGGACCAUCUCACGGCUCCGCGGCGCCUUCUGCGCCUCCGGCGGCUCGACCAGUACCGGCAGCAGCGCCUUCUCGGCCUCAGCCAGCAGCAGCGCCUGCUCCCCCGGCCCUCAAUGGAGCGGCACACUCAUCAGCAGCGGCUGUGCCCAGACCAGCCCAAGCUUCUCCGAUCAGCAGUCCUUCGGCGGCAGUCCCUGCUCGACCAGCCACACAAGCCUCUCCGCUCACCUCCAAUCAGACGCCAAUUUCGGCUUCAUCGCCCGUGGCACAGAAGCCAGUGCCCUCGACACCAGGCAGUGCGCAGGAGCAAAGAAGUAGUCCCGGUACCACCAAUGGGUCUUCGUCAAUGGCUGCUCCAACUUCGUCCCCUCUAAAAUCGCCCAGUGCCAAGCCAUUCGUCCACCGGGCUUCGCAGCCGUCAGGUAGCUUCCCGCUGCGACAUACCCCGGCGAAGUCUCCCCUAUCUGGUGGUCAUGCACCCUCGCCGCCAGUGACAGGCACGGCUAAUGCACCCAUCCCUGCUAUUUCGCUCGGCCCCGCCCGGGCGACCAGUCCUUCUCCUGGACCAAAGGGUGCCGGCACUGCGACCCUUGGGUCGACACCGCCGAUUUCUCAACAGGCUAGAGAUCCUAAUUCUCUCUACAGUCGUCAGACGCCUUCCUCAACAACGUCCACGCCUGGCUCGCAGACUUCGACGGGGCAUGGUGACGGACGAGCACCUACUUCUGUGCAAGGGCCUCCGUCUGGACCUGGACCUGGGCCAGGACCAGCCUCUGGCUCGCUCGUCAGGCCCGAUCAGGACCGUCGCACCGUUGGUCCAAGUCUACCUCGCGGCCCAUUCGGAUCAACAGCCCCAUCCCAAACGUCGCCCGGUCAAGCUUCGUCGCAGCCGCCAGUCGAACCGAAGCUGAAUCAGGCUCCCACCCAGCCUGCCGCAGCUGUCGCUCAGCAGCAGCAGGAGCAGGAGCAAGCGCCCGUAAGCGGGCCACCAUCAUCAACAGCACAACAGCCACAUCAAAUGUAACACCUUUGGUAUUGCAGCAUGAAUAAAUUUAUAGAAGUCUGUCACUCC